AUGGCGGAAAAAGUUUUGCUUCGCCGUCUGCGCUCGCACUGGACCUGCGCCGCUAUCAGUCGUACGUCAUGGACGCCCCACGCUGCGGUGGCGAGGCAUUCCACUUCUGGGAAGAGCGGGGUGGUAGGGUCAGGUGGCGGAGCUCAGCGGCACAGCAAGAGCAGCAGGAAGACUGGCGCUUUGCGGAAGAUGACCCAAGAGGCUUCGGGUGCAUCCGUCCCUGUUGUGGAAUGCCCCGCUGUAGCUGAACCACAUCCACAAAAACAACAAAAACCGGCGUGCGAGAAGAUGGCCACGACUCCUCAUCCAUCACUUUGGUCACCGAGCGAGUCAGACUACGAGGCGCUCGUGGAAAAUCUCCUUUUGUUCCGUCGUGAAUCAAUAGAGCCUGUUUUGAGCGCCCUCAAAAAGGAGCGUGCACUCUUUGAUGAAUCUGUGAAAAAGAUGGAGACACGUGUGGCGGAGAUGUACGCCGUGCGUGAGGAGAUACGAAAAAUGCUGCAGGACGGUGCAGCAGCGCAGCGCCGAACACUUUCAGAAGCACUGCGGGCCACUGCAGAUUCGGAGGGGUUGGCGAAUGAAGAAAAUGAGGUCUCUUUCGAUACCUCGGAAGAAGAUGAGGAGAUAUCCCUUUGA